AUACAAAUAAAGUGGGAAUAAAAAUGAAUAAUAUAAAAUGAAGUGGUAAUACAAGCUCAAUCAACCACUUGAAAACAGAACAGAACAGAACAGAACAGAACAGAAUUGAAUAUAGGAAAUGGAAAAGCAAAACUUGAAAUAUCGAGGGUGGUGUCCCUCCAACACAAACAAUUACGAAAUCCACGAAGUAGGAGAGCCUGCACUUCGUAAGCGGCUAGAUCGUCCUCGACGUGAUAAUAAGAAGGGUCAUGUGGCAUUCAAAACAGUGCUAGAGGAGGCCAUAACACCACUAGAAGUGGCAGAGACUGAACGUGUAAAUUCUUUUGAGAGCGUGGAUCGACAAGCUGAUGCGUUUAUUAAGCUGGAGCACAGGAGGAUUGAACUUGCCAGACUCAAGUCUUUGGGGUUUGCUUGAUUUAUAUAUCCUCUAAGACUACCUAAAGGGCCUUUAUUAUUUAUGCAAUAAUUUUUACCAACCUUAUGUAUUUCACCUAAAUAAUACAUCAACAUCUCUUUCUCUUUUGUGUUUUCAAUUAUUUUAUAACUUAUUUUUA